AUGCAAAUCCUCAUAAUCGGCGGCAGUGGACGGACCGGGCGGGUUGUCAUCGAAGAAGCGCUUAGCAAAGGCCAUACGAUAACCGCACUGGUCCGGAAGCAAGCAUCCCUCAGUCCAGCCAGCGGACUGACGAUCAUCGAAGGAGACCUGACAGGUCCUUCAAUCGAAAACGCCAUCGUGUCUUCCCCCGUCCAGCCAACCGCCGUAAUAGUCACUCUCGCCUCCGUCCGCGCGAGCGAUAGCCCGUUCAGCGCGCCCAUCUCGCCACCGUCCAUGAUGACAGACGCGCAUAUAGCCCUUAUAGCUGUAAUGAAGACGCACGGGAUUAGGAGGUUGGUUACCAUGUCUGCGUUUGGGGUUGGAGACUCGAUGCCGAAUUUGAUCUUGCCGAUGAGGUUUAUCUUGAACCAUAGCGGUGUGGCGUACGGGUAUAAAGACCAUCUUGGAGGCGAGAAGGUUAUAAGGAGUAGUGGGCUGGACUGGACGAUUGUGAAACCGGCUAUGUUGAAGGAUGGGGAGAGGAAGGAGGUUACGGUAUGGGGGGACCAGGGGAAGGGUAUUGGGAUGAUGCCGAAGGCCAGUCGGGCGAGUGUGGCGGGAUUCCUUGUGAAGUGUUCUGGAAGCGGUGAGUGGAAUGGGAUGACGCCUGUGAUUGCUGAUUGA